AUGUCCUUUCUCACCCGCUGGGGCGGCGCCGCCCGCCGCCUAGCCUCCCACUCCUCCUCCUUCAACGCUCGAUCCCUCCCAUCGCAAGGUCUGCGCGCCGUCGCCACAUCCCCCCCCACCGUCGCCAACGCGGGCACUCUCGGCGCGGCCUCCACCUCCACCGAGCUCGUGUCACCGCGCGGCCCCGGCGCCCUGCCCGUCGGUUACAUCGAUGACUACCACAACCACCCCCAUCGCUACAUGCCCGGCGAUCCCACCAAGCGCGCCUUCACCUACAUGGUCCUCGGCACUACCAAAUUCAUCGCCGCCUCCGCCGCCCGCGUCCUCGUCCUUAAGCUCAUCUACACCAUGUCCGCCUCCGCAGACGUCCUCGCAAUGGGCUCGGUCGAAGUCGAGUUAGGCGCCAUUCCACUGGGAGAGUCGGCCACGAUUAAGUGGCGCGGCAAGCCCGUCUUCAUUCGCCAUCGCACGGACGCAGAGAUCGAGCUUGCCAAGAAGGAUGAUGACGUCGUUCUGCGUCAUCCGGAGACUGAUUUGUCACGUGUGCAAAAGCCAGAGUGGCUCGUCGUCGUGGGAGUAUGUACCCAUCUUGGCUGUGUGCCUAUUGCCAAUGCGGGCGAUUACCACGGCUGGUUCUGCCCUUGCCAUGGAUCGCAUUACGACAUUUCGGGGCGCAUUCGCAAGGGGCCAGCCCCCUUGAACCUUGACGUCCCGACUUACAGGUUUGAAGAAGAAGAUACCAAGAUUAUUUUGGGAUAGUUCAUCUACAAUUUCGCGCUGAUCCACUAAUAAAGAGGAGAGAUGUAUACAUAGAGUUACGCUACCGAUGCAGAGCAUCUCGCACCGUUGUGUAGUC